CUUCCGCUGAAUUUUGCAUCGCUGUUUGUCCCAGACGGCGACCCGUACGGGUCCGAAUCUAGCCCGGGAACUGAGAGUUAGAGGAGCGGGUUCCGCGAGUUUACCGAUUCCGGACGGCCUCGCGACCGGCAAGAUGUGCUCCCUGGGAUUGUUCCCUCCGCCGCCGCCUAGGGGUCAAGUCACCCUCUACGAGCACAAUAACGAGUUGGUGACAGGCAAUAGCUAUGAGAGUCCGCCUCCUGACUUCCGGGGCCAGUGGAUCAAUCUUCCUGUUCUGAACCUGACUAAGGAUCCCCUGAAGACCCCUGGGAGGCUGGACCAUGGCACAAGAACUGCCUUCAUCCACCACCGGGAGCAGGUGUGGAAGAGAUGCAUCAACAUAUGGCGUGAUAUGGGCCUUUUUGGGGUGCUGAAUGAAAUUGCGAACUCGGAGGAAGAGGUGUUUGAGUGGGUGAAGACGGCGUCCAGCUGGGCCCUGGCACUCUGUCGAUGGGCCUCCUCCCUCCACGGGUCCCUGUUCCCCCACCUGUCUCUCAAGAGUGAAGAUCUGAUUGCCGAAUUUGCCCAAGUCACAAACUGGUCCAGCUGCUGCCUGCGGGUCUUUGCGUGGCACCCCCACACCAACAAGUUUGCGGUGGCCCUGCUAGAUGACUCAGUCCGCGUGUAUAAUGCCAGCAGCACUAUAGUCCCCUCCCUGAAGCACCGGCUGCAGCGAAAUGUGGCGGCUCUGGCCUGGAAGCCCCUCAGUGCCUCUGUCUUGGCUGUGGCCUGCCAGACCUGCAUUCUCAUCUGGACCCUGGACCCCACCUCUUUGUCUACCCGACCCUCUUCUGGCUGUGCACAAGUGCUUUCUCACCCUGGGCACACACCUGUCACCAGCUUGGCCUGGGCACCCAGUGGGGGACGACUGCUCUCAGCUUCACCUGUGGAUGCUGCUAUCCUGGUAUGGGAUGUCUCAACGGAGACCUGUGUUCCCCUUCCCUGGUUUCGCGGCGGUGGGGUUACCAAUCUGUUCUGGUCUCCGGAUGGCAGCAAAGUUCUGGCUACCACUCCUUCAGCUGUCUUUCGAGUCUGGGAGGCCCAGAUGUGGACGUGCGAGAGGUGGCCUACUCUGUCAGGGCGGUGUCAGACUGGCUGCUGGAGCCCAGAUGGAAACCGACUGCUGUUCACUGUAUUGGGGGAACCACUCAUUUACUCCUUGUCAUUCCCAGAACGUUGUGGGGAGGGAAAGGGGCGCGUUGGAGGUGCAAAGUCAGCCACCAUUGUGGCGGAUCUGUCUGAGACAACAGUACAGACACCAGAUGGAGAGGAAAGACUUGGGGGAGAGGCUCACUCCAUGGUCUGGGACCCCAGUGGGGAACGUCUGGCUGUGCUCAUGAAAGGAAAUCCACGCGUCCAGGAUGGUAAACCAGUCAUCCUCCUUUUUCGCACUCGAAACAGCCCUGUGUUUGAGCUGCUUCCUUGUGGCGUUAUCCAGGGGGAGCCAGGGGCCCAGGCACAGCUCAUCGCUUUCCAUCCUUCCUUCAACAAAGGGGCUCUGCUCAGUGUGGUGAGUAGGCCAGGCUACUGGGCUCUUCGGGAGCGGGGUGGAAGAACCAGGGCUUUGGCUGCUGUGUGGCCUUCUUUGGGCCUAGGCUCUGAUAGACUUUUUUUUGUCCCUCUCUGCAGUGCUGGUCCACAGGCCGAAUUGCCCACAUCCCUCUGUACUUUGUCAAUGCCCAGUUUCCACGUUUCAGCCCAGUGUUUGGCCGAACCCAGGAGCCCCCAGCUGGGGGCGGAGGCUCUAUUCAUGAUCUGCCCCUCUUUACUGAGACAUCCCCAAUCUCUGCUCCAUGGGACCCUCUCCCUGGGCCACCGCCUGCCCAGCCCCACUCCCCUCACUCCCACUUCUAAUAAUAGUAAUAAUAAAUUCCCUUCUUUGUUUUCCACUCAGUUAUGAGACUUUUUUCCAGAG